AAAAUAGUACAUAUUAUAUAUACAUAUAUAUUGGAAAGCAUUUAAAAAAUAUUAUCAAAAUUUUUAAUGGCUUGAAAAGCUAUCAAGCAAACUGUUUUAAAAUAACAAUGUAUACAAAUGAAGAUGCAAAAUUUAUUUGAAAACUUUUAUAUCGUAAACAAAUUCGUCAUAUGAACUUUGAGAAUACAUAUACAUAGGGAAGUACGUUGGAUCAGCCAAUUUGCAAUUAUACUGCUAUCAAAAUCCAGCAAAAGAACAUAAAGUAUAUAAGUCUGGACCAGGGUUUGAAAAUUGUGUAAAAAAUGGCUAGCCCAAAAAGUAAAUACACGGACGAAAGUCACAUGAAUGUAGAAUAUUUGCCCCUCAGAAUCCAAACGAAAAUUAAGUGUGAUAUUGAAAAUUGCUUAGAAAAUCAAUCUAGUACAUCUGCUUGUUCACAAGUACCUUUGGUCGGAAGUAUGGUCGGAGAUCUGAAAUCAAAAAACUCAACAAAAUCGAGAAUGCCAGGUAUUAUUUCUGUAUUAAAAGAAAAAAAACAGACGCAAACUUCAGAAAGUGAUUACUCUGAUGAUUCUAUCGAUAUGACGAUCAAAAAAUCACCAGUGUAUUCAAAACGAAUCAAUACUAUAAACGAUAUUCAUUGGAUGACACAUGCAGAAAAUAUAUUAGAAAACGAUAAUAAAGGAAAAAAUUUCCGCGAAGUGUAUGAAAGAUUUUCCCAAAUUGUCAUUAACGAAAGCUACCUGGAACAGUGGAACUUGUUUAAUCAAUUUCGUAGCAUUUUAAUGACAAUAGCCGUACGUUUAUUCGAAAAUGAUUGGAAAUUUUACUGCGAGCAAAAUCUGGAUUCAUUUUUUUGGAAAACCUUAUUUUAUAAUGUGCUGCAAUUUUUAAAAUUUAAACAGAAAAUAUUAAAAAAUGAUUUUCAAUCUUUAAAAAAAAAAUCCUUACAAAUUGUCGAAGAGGGCUUCAAAUUUUAUAAAAGUUUUAUUUCCGUUGUGGAAAAUAAAUUCACUUUUAAAAUCGAAUUCUUGUUAUCGAAUAAUACGUAUCAACAAAAGAUUAAUUCAUUAUUAAAAGUUUCAAUACAAAAGCUCUUUUUGAAUCUUGGAGAUUUACAUAGAUAUCAAGCAAUAUUAGAAACUAAUAAUUUCAACGAGGCCAAAAAAUACUACACUCAAGCACAAAAGCUGAUUCCUGAAAAUGGAGUGCCAUAUAAUCAAUUAGCUAUCAUAUCUUUAAGUUUUAAUAAUUACUUUGAUGCCGUUUACUAUCAUAUUAGAAGUUUAUCGGCGUCAAAUCCUAUUAUUUCUGCAAAGGAAAGCUUAAAAAUAUUACUAGACGAAAUUCGUAAAAAAUACGAUAAUAAAUUUCAAAAUAUUCAAGAUACAAUUUUAACACUGGACUCCAGUAAACGGGAGGAUCCUGUAAGAAAUUUUCGUAAAGAAAUUUGGAUCCACCCCAAUGGAAAAAGAAAAUUGCGUUUUCAAUCAGAAUCUCUGGGAGAUUUAGUGAAUGAUAAAAAAUCACAUCACUCUAUAAAUGAAAUCAGUUUUAAUAAUCCCAAUAAACUGCUAAAUUUCGAUCAAGAAGAUUUAGGUGAUUCUGGUGGAGUGUCUAAGAAAGAGCAGAAAAGGGAAUUCAUUCAUAAUUACUUAUAUGUAGUAAGUAAAAUUUACGUUGGCGUAAACAUGGAAACAUUUGAAAAUGCUAUGUUUCGCAUGCUUUAUCAAUUUAAUAACGUCAUAAGUCAACAUCCAACUAUAUUAUCCCGAAUGCAGUUACUUGAAAUUAUUGCAAUUAAUAUUUUUCUUUAUGAAUACAGUAAAAAGAAAAGCUCGGAUCAACAAAUAUCUAUAACAGAGCAACAGGUUCAAAAUUAUGCGUAUACUGUUGGUUUAUUAAUGUUUGGCAUAACUAUUACUAAAGCUAAUGACAUCUUGAAGGAGUUUAUGUUAGAUCUGAACAAUGAAAGUACGGAAAAUUUUAAUUUUUCUCAAAAAUUCGAGGUUAUCGGAAAAGAUACAAAGCCAAAGCUUAAAAACGUUUGUGAUCAUAUUUCUUCAAAUGAAUCUUUAGAAUGUGAUACUUGUAGAAGUAGUUAUACAAAAGAAUACGAACUCAAGUUGGUGGAUAAUUUGCCCGUUCAAUUUAUUGAUUUACUCCAAUCGAUAAAAAUAUGGUGCAAUUGGCUUACGUUAAAUCUUUUUUUAUGUAAAUCACCAAUUUAUUAUCAACAAAUUACACCGUGGAAGAAUUUCGCAAAUCUGUUGACAUCUCUUGCGAAAAUAUUUAAACACUUAACUAAAACUAUAUUUAUGGAAAAGUCACUCAAAUCACCUUUGCUAGAAGAAGAUUUUUAUUUAUUAGGAUUUGGACCGUUAAAAAAAAUUCUACCAAAAUCAGCUAACUGUAAUAUAAAUGACGAUAAAGAGUAUUCCGCAGUUUUAUAUCGAAUAAGAGACCUUUUUCAAUUUGGUGUAAAUAAUCUUUGUUCUAAUGAUUUAUCAAUUUUAAAUGUUGAACAAACGUGUAGUGGAGACUUAGUUUUUACUAAAAACUUGAAAACAUUUAAUGAAAACCAAAGUCUAAAUAUUUUAGGAAAUGUUUCUUCUGAUAAAGAAGCUUUUAACGAAUCCGACGAACAUGAGGAUCCCCAAACUGCGUGGAAAGAAAAAAUUUUUAGUGUUAUGGAACAUUGUGAAAAUUUUCAGGAUAAUUUUAGCGAGUUUAAUAACUUAAAAAAUAGAAAAAUUAUGCUAGAAAGGUCAAAUAAGGCUCAAGAAUUGUACAAAGAAAAGUUAAAAAAUGUGUUAGAAGAUGCCGGAAGUUUAAGUGUAAUGGAAGUAAGACCAAAAUAUUUAGUGCCUGACACUAACUGCUUUAUAGAUUUUUUAGACGAAUUAGAAUAUCUAGUUACAAAACAUAAUUCAUAUGUUUUAAUGGUACCAUUGGUUGUUAUUAACGAAUUAGAAGGAUUAAUGAAAGGUUUUAAAAUUGAUUCUAAUCGCGAAAUGUCAUGGAAGAACGCAAACUCUCGGAUACAUCAUUUUGACGAAGUGGCAAGAAUAUCAGAAGCAUCUCUAAAUUUCAUAAAAAAUUUUAAUCGUUUUAAUAUUCGUUGUUGCACUAGCCGUGGUUCUAUCUUAAAAAAUUCUUCAGCUUUUACAUUUGAAGAAAAUGACGACAACAGUAGCUCAAAUGAUGAUAAAAUUUUAGCUAGUGCUCUUUCUAUAGCUACAGAAAGUUACAUAAAACGUAGUGAAAAAUCGUAUUUACAUACGGAAGUUGUAUUAUUGACAACAGAUCGAAAUUUAAGAGUAAAAGCAUUGGCAAAAAACAUAGCUGUAAGCGACUUAACCGAAUUUUUAAAUUGGAUCGAAGAAAAAGAUAUUGAGUAACAAUUUAUUUGGAAAUCAUUUUUUUUUUUAAUUUAUAUUUUAGAUUUACGAAUCGAAAAAAUAUCAAAUUUAUAUAUAUAUAUAGCGUGUAAAUAUUUUAAUAAUUUGAAGAAUAAAAAAAUUUUAGUUGGGUU